AUGAGGCUAGACGUAAAGCGGCAGCUCUUUGCCCGGAGCGAACGUGUCAAGGGCAUCGACUUCCACCCUACAGAACCAUGGAUCCUUACGACCCUCUACAGCGGACACGUAUACAUAUGGAGCUAUGAGACGCAGGCCAUCGUCAAGACGUUUGAGCUGACAGACGUACCUGUGCGUGCCGGUCGAUUCAUUGCGCGGAAGAACUGGAUUGUUUGCGGCAGCGACGACUUCCAACUACGAGUCCACAACUACAACACAUCAGAAAAGGUCGCCAGCUUCGAAGCGCAUCCUGACUAUAUUCGAGCGAUCUGUGUCCACCCAACGCAGCCAUUCGUGCUGACGGCUAGUGAUGACAUGACAAUCAAGUUAUGGAACUGGGACCUCGGCUGGAAGUGCCAGCAGACCUUCGAGGGCCACUCGCACUAUGUCAUGUCCCUGGCGAUCAACCCCAAGGAUACCAACACAUUUGCGUCCGCGUGUCUGGACAGGACAGUCAAGAUCUGGUCGCUUGGCUCGUCAACAGCAAAUUUCACCCUGGAGGCGCACGAGCAAAAAGGCGUCAACCACGUCGACUACUACCCACACUCCGACAAGCCAUACCUCCUUACCACAAGUGACGACCGAACAGUCAAGAUCUGGGACUACACGACCAAGUCUCUGAUUGCCACACUCGAAGGCCACACCAAUAACGUCAGCUUCGCAUGCUACCAUCCCGAGCUUCCCGUCAUUAUUUCCGGCUCAGAAGACGGAACCCUGCGGAUAUGGCACGCUGCUACCUAUCGCUUCGAACAAAGUCUGAACUACGGCCUGGAACGAGCCUGGUGUGUUAGCUACCAACGGGGCAAGCAGAGUGUCGCAGUGGGCUAUGACGAAGGAUCAGUUGUCGUCAAGCUCGGCCGUGAGGAACCGGCCGUCUCGAUGGACGGUUCCGGCAAGCUGAUCUGGGCCAAACACAACGAGGUGGUGUCCGCCAUCAUCAAGGGCGGCGAGGCAACCAAAGACAACGUGCCGAUCAACCUUACCACCAAGGACCUGGGCAGCUGUGAGGUCUACCCAUCCACCCUCUCACAUUCAGCCAACGGACGGUUCGUUGCGGUCUGCGGUGAUGGCGAGUUCAUCGUGUACACUGCACUCGCAUGGCGCAAUAAGCAAUUCGGGUCUGCGCUAGACUUUGUCUGGGCCUCCAAAGAAAACUCAAAUGACUUCGCCAUCCGCGAGUCCCCGACCAGCGUCAAGGUCUUCAAGAACUUUGUGGAGAAGCAAGGCGGCUUGGACGUCGGCUUCCAGGCGGACGGUCUGGCUGGGGGGGUUCUACUCGGUGUCAAGGGCCAAGGAGGCAUUAGCUUCUUCGACUGGGCAACAGGUGGCCUGGUCAGGCGAAUCGAGGUGGAACCUCGUGAGGUUUACUGGAGCGAAAGUGGAGAGCUGGUUGCACUGGCAUGCGAUGAUACCUGCUACAUCCUGCGCUUCAGUCGCGAGGCAUACCAAGAGGGCUUGCAAUCCGGCCAAGUCGAAGACGACGGUGUUGAGGCCGCCUUCGAGGUCAUUACUGACAUCAGCGAAGGUGUGAGAACCGGGGAGUGGGUAGGCGACUGCUUCUUGUUCACAAACUCCACCAACCGUCUGAACUACCUCGUCGGCGACCAGACAUACACAGUGUCGCAUUUCGACCAACCGAUGUAUAUCCUUGGCUACAUCCAGCGCGACUCCAGGAUCUACCUUUGCAACAAGGAUGUCGCUGUCACCUCGUUUGCUCUAUCACUGCCUGUGCUUGAGUACCAGACUCUGGUCCUCCGAGAGGAGCUUGAGGCCGCCCAGGAGCUGCUUGCGGCCAUUCCGGAGGGCGAGCUCAACAAGGUUGCUCGUUUCUUGGACGGCCAGGGCCACAAGGAGCUGGCUCUGGAUGUUGCGACCGACCCUGAGCACAAAUUUGAGCUUGCCCUCGCGCUGAGCCGACUGGAUAUCGCGCUCGACCUCGCCAAGGAAGCUGACGUCGAGCACCGCUGGAAGACCGUCGGUGAUGCCGCUCUCACCGCAUGGGACGUCUCUCUGGCCGCCGAGUGCUUCACGCACGCUAACGAUCUCGGCUCACUGCUGCUCGUGUACUCUUCGACCGCCGACCGGGAAGGCUUGACAUCACUUGCCAUCAAAGCCGAAGAGGCCGGCGCGCACAACGUUGCUUUCUCCGCAAAAUGGCUCCUUGCGGAUGUUGAGGGCUGUGUCAACACCCUCAUCAAGACUGACCGGCUUGCCGAGGCUGUACUCUUCUCACAGACUUAUAAGCCCAGCCUGACUGCGGACGUGGUCAAACAGUGGAAGGAGUCCUUGGAGAAGAGCAAGAAGGGUCGUGUUGCAAAGACGAUCGGAGCUCCUGGCGCUGAUGGUGACGAGGAGCUGUUCCCUGAGUGGGAUGAGUGGUUGCGCCUGGAGAAGGAGGGUGGCACAGCGACGGAGGUGGAUGUCGAGAUGGAGAAUGGUGAGCCGGUGGCAGAGGCUGAGGAGGAAGAGACUGCGGAGGCGAACGAGGAUGAAGACGGGACUGAGGCGAACGAGGAAGAGUAG